AAAUAACCUCAUAAAUCAAAGUCACAUGGGCCAUGGUAUGUCAAGUCAUUCGAAUUCACAUACAUUCAUGUUGGAUUAUACAGGCUCAUGUGCAAUAUAAAAUAGACAUAUGCAUCAUAUAAAAUCUCUAGUUCAAAGCCUACAUAGACAGAUAGAUGUAUCACUUUUAACAUUAGAAAGUCAGUGCAGAUAUCUGACUGUCUUGAUCUCUCAUCUAAGCCUUUUUAACUCAUAAAUGGAAUGUCUGACUGACAUAUCAAGGGUCUCCAACUGAAAUCAAAAACUCCAUCUAAAUCACUGUUUCAGUCUGGGUCUCCCUGAAGAUCCGGCAGACAUGUUAGGCAGCACUCCUAAAACAAUGCUUUGCAUGCUGAUUUUCAUGUGUUCCAUUAUUGGAGAGAGAUGUGCAGACCCACCACAAUACAAAUCACAGUCAAACGUUUACACUCACUGGACACUGGACAAGGCAGACAACAGUGGAGGCCAUGGCCAUAAAGGCAGAUUUUGUUGCUUUUCUAAAGACCCACUAGUGGAUGCUGAUACUUGGAGUGAAUCAAUAGACAAACUAUUGACCUGCAAAGCUGGUCAGGCAGCUUUCCAGGAGUUUCUGAGGUCAGAGUACAGUGAGGAGAACAUCCUGUUCUGGCUGGCCUGCGAAGAAUACAAGACGAUCAAGAGCACUCCAGAGAUGAUCACCUCUGCAAACAGAAUAUAUACAGAGUUUGUGCAAGUGGAGGCCCCCAAACAGAUCAACAUUGACUGUACCACCAGAGCAAAUAUAACCAAGAACAUUUCCCAGCCCAACCUGAACUCAUUUGAUACAGCACAAAAGCUAAUAUAUUGUCUUAUGGCUAGAGACUGUUACCCAAGGUUCUUAAAAUCUGAUGCCUACCAAAGCAUUUUGAGAACCGGAGGCAAAGGCUGAACGUAACAACACAUGUGGAGUACGAAACCGAAUGUAAAUAGAUUAAUGUAAACAUCAAGCAGCUCUUAAUAGUCAAGGCAACAUUUCUAAAUGCACUUUCAUUUUUUUUUCAAUGACUAAUCCAGCCUCUAUCCAUUCUGGUUUGUCAUUUCAUCUCAUCUUCCAUGUGUUGUAAUCAUAACUUAUUUGAAGAACCUACAACUUGGCACAUGUAAAGGUAACAGCACCUCAUAUGCUGUGUUAGAGCUGGAAAUAGUUUAUGCCAGAUCACAUUAGAAUUCAUUCAACAGUCUUUUACUGAAAGGAAAGGUUUUCUUGUAUAACUAGGUGUGCAAUACUGAAUAUGAUUAAACCAAUUACAGGGCUAGAUAUACCUAUAUUAUUUCAUAUGAUAUUUUGUAUGCUCUCUCAUAUGCUGUUUCACUAUGGUCUGUUUAUUUUUUUUUCUUAUGGUAUUAGUGCUCAGUGAAAACAUCAAUACAAAUGCCGCUGAGGUUUUUUUUUUUAUCUGCUGUGAAUUUGCAUGCAAAUUAGAGCACAGUUCUAAAUAAACUCAUCUACAUCUGUCAGAACAAUAAUAACCUUUUUUUUUUUAUUAAGGCACUCAAAUAAAGUCCAUCACUCUGUGGAGUUUGCAUACAAAACAGAGACAGUUUGUAUUAGUCACUAGUUUUAUGGCUCAUUGGAGAUCUUUCAGCAGAGUCAUUUAUCCUUUUGAUUUCCAACAGGUCAACUGAACCUGGCUGGACCAUUCUGUAUAAAUAGUUAUUAUGUGUUAUCACUGGCCUGCCACUCCCUUCUUUACGGCCUGCAAUCCCACCUGGUGCAGGGGACCAGGAGGCGAUUCUUGAUUCAUGUUAAUAUAU